AUGGCUUCCCUUACUAUACCAUCUACCAAUACUUGUAGUAGUCCAUUGUACACAACUCUUGUUGGAAAGUUUGAUUAUGUUAAAGAUGAUCGUCUCUCUUAUUCUACUAGUAAGGGCAAACAUAGAGGAUUAACUAUUGUAAAUGUUGCUAGUAAACCCCGGCCGCUGGUUUUUCCGGCACCGGAGCAGCCACCAACCGCCGUGCAGAGCGGAGGGAAGCUUGCUGCAUGGACUAGUGUAAAACAGGAAAGAUGGGAAGGAGAGCUUCAAGUUGAAGGAGAAAUACCAUCUUGGCUGAAUGGCACGUACCUAAGGAAUGGACCCGGGUUGUGGAAUUUAGGUGACUACAAUUUCCGUCAUUUAUUCGAUGGUUACGCCACCCUGGUCCGGCUCUACUUCAAAAACGGCCGGGUCGUAAUGGGGCACCGGCAGAUCGAAUCCGAAGCGUACAAAGCAGCUAAGAAGAACAACAAGCUCUGUUACCGUGAAUUUUCGGAAGUGCCCAAGACGGACAACUUCUUAGCCUAUAUCGGCGACAUGGCAAAGUUAUUCUCCGGUGCCUCCCUAACUGAUAACGCCAACACCGGCGUCAUCAAGUUAGGGGACGGGCGGGUGGUUUGUUUAACGGAAACCAUUAAAGGGUCAAUUGUUGUGAAUCCCGACACAUUGGACACGAUCGGGAGGUUUCAGUACGAGGAUAAUCUUGGAGGAUUGAUUCAUUCGGCGCAUCCGAUCGUGACAGACGAGGAAUUUAUCACUUUGUUGCCCGAUUUGAUCAAUCCCGGGUAUCUGGUGGUGAAGAUGGAGCCGGGUACGAACGAGAGGAAGGUGAUUGGUCGGGUUAAUUGCCGGGGUGGGCCGUCUCCGGGUUGGGUCCACUCGUUCCCUGUGACGGAACAUUAUGUGAUUGUGCCGGAAAUGCCACUAAGGUAUUGUGCCCAGAAUCUACUCCGGGCGGAGCCCACCCCGCUUUACAAGUUUGAGUGGCAUCCUGAAUCCAAAGGGUUUAUGCAUGUUAUGUGUAAAGCUAGCGGUAACAUAGUGGCAAGUGUUGAAGUUCCACUUUAUGUGACAUUCCACUUCAUCAAUGCAUAUGAAGAGACAGAUGAAGAUGGAAGAAUCAAGGCUGUAAUUGCAGAUUGUUGUGAGCAUAGUGCGGAUACAACCAUUCUCGAGAAGCUAAAGCUACAGAAUCUUAGAUCCUUCAAUGGAGAAGACGUUCUUCCGGAUGCAAGGGUUGGACGAUUUACAAUACCAUUGGAUGGAAGUCCAAACGGGAAUCUAGAGGCAGCAUUGAACCCUAAUGAACAUGGCAAAGGAAUGGAUAUGUGCAGCAUCAACCCUAAUUAUUUAGGGAAGAAGUAUCGAUAUGCCUAUUCUUGUGGAGCCAAAAGGCCAUGCAACUUUCCGAAUACUCUUACAAAGAUUGACUUAAUGGAGAAAAAGGCGAAGAAUUGGCAUGAUGAGGGUUCCAUACCUUCUGAACCGUUCUUUGUGCCCCGACCUGGUGCUACUACAGAAGAUGAUGGAGUGGUGAUCUCAAUAAUUAGUGGCAAAAACGGAGAGGGAUAUGCCCUGGUGUUGGAUGGAUCAAGUUUUGAAGAAAUUGCCAGAGCAAAAUUCCCUUAUGGUCUUCCAUAUGGGCUCCAUGGUUGCUGGGUGCCAAAGAAGUGA